ACUACUUUUCAGAAGUUUUGACUGAUGCGCCGAAAGAAGACCACUUGUUUGGCAUCGCAUUAGUAUGACAUUCCGCAAUGAUGAACGGAGAGGAAAAUUUUAAGGUUUUACGCGGGCGUAACGUAUUGGGGACUGUAGGAAAGUCCCCUAGAGAGAGAGAGUAGAGCGAGAAACAGCAAAGCUGAGAGCGAAAAAAAAUGGCCAUGGCGGGUCUCUACCGGAGGGUCCUUCCCUCUCCUCCGGCCAUCGAUUUCGCUUCUUCCGAAGGGAAGCAACUUUUCAUUGAAGCCAUUCAAAGUGGAACCAUGGAAGGUUUCUACAAGUUAAUUUCCUACUUUCAGACACAAUCAGAGCCUGCAUAUUGUGGAUUGGCUACCCUUUCCAUGGUCUUGAAUGCCCUUGCCAUUGAUCCAGGAAGAAAAUGGAAAGGACCUUGGAGAUGGUUUGAUGAAACUAUGCUCGACUGCUGUGAACCUUUGGAAAAAGUUAAAGCUGAUGGUAUCUCAUUUGGGAAGCUUGUCUGUUUGGCUCACUGUGCUGGGGCAAAGGUUGAUGCUUUUCGGACAAAUCAAAGCACCAUUGAAGAAUUUCGUAAGUAUGUGAUGGCGUGUUCCACUUCUGAUGAUUGUCAUGUGAUUUCAUCAUAUCACAGAGGAACUUUCAAACAGACGGGAACUGGUCAUUUUUCACCUAUUGGUGGUUAUCAUGCUGGAAGGGACAUGGCGCUUAUUUUGGAUGUUGCACGCUUUAAGUACCCUCCUCACUGGGUUCCACUCCCACUUCUUUGGGAAGCCAUGGAUAAUAUUGAUGAAACAACCGGGCAUCGUAGAGGGUUCAUGCUUAUAUCUAGGCCACAAAGAGCGCCAGCGCUGCUUUAUACCUUGAGCUGUAAACAUGAGAGUUGGGUCAGUACCGCUAAGUAUUUAAUGGAUGAUGUUCCCGUUCUCUUAAGGUCAGAUGAUGUGAAAGAUGUUGAUAAAGUUCUCAAUGUCGUUUUUACAUCUCUCCCUUCAAAGUUCGGGGAGUUCAUCAAGUGGGUUGCAGAAGUUCGGAGACAAGAGGAUGGUGGUCAAAAUCUAAGCCAAGAGGAGAAAGGAAGGCUUGCUUUCAAGGCAGAGGUUUUGAAUCAAGUACAGGAGGUUGGCCUUUUUAAACAUGUAACAAAGUAUUUAUCUUCAGCAAAUUCAUGUUGCACAAAGCCACCAUUUUCAGGCCAUAAGGACAAUUUGCCUGACAUUGCGGCAAGUGUCUGUUGCCAAGGGGCAGAGUUUUUGGCUGGGAAGUAUGUAUCCUCUAAUGGGUUUUGCUGUAGAGAAACUUGUGUGAAAUGCUUUAAAACCAAUGGUGAUAAGCCCAUUACGGUUGUCUCUGGGACAGUGGUUAAUGGUAACAGUGAGCAAGGGGUUGAUGUGCUGGUUCCUUCAUUUCCAACAAAAGUGGGUUGCUGUGGCUCUGGAAGUAAUUGCACCGGAAUGCACCCUGCAGGUGAUGAUGUUUUAACAGCACUUUUGUUAGCCUUGCCUAUAGACACAUGGACUGGUAUCAAAGACGAGAAGCUGCUGCAGGAAAUGUAUAGACUUGUUUCAACUGAAAAUCUUCCCACUUUGCUUCAAGAAGAGGUUUUGCACUUGCGGGGUCAGCUUCUUGUUCUCAAGAGAUGCCAAGAUAAUAAGGUUGAUGACGAACUUGCUGCACCUCUCCUUUAGCAUCCUGUGUCAUUUUAUAGUCUAUUUAUUCUGAUACUAUAAGCAUAGAGCAUACUCUAUCGUCCAAGAAUCGAGUAUGUAUAAUGUUCUAAGUGGCAAAAUAUUUUAUACAUACACUGCAGAAAUGCUAUUGAUUGCCCUUUUUAGAUUACACUUAGAGAAGCAAGAGGUGUCUCUGUCAGGUUUAUCAAGAAAUAAGAGGUGUCCCUCAAAGGUCGAAUCUACAAGGAACCAGGAGUUGUCUCCCACAGAUAAGGAACCAGUACAUGCUAACAUAUUGGAAGAGGAACUGCCUUUGAUGUUAUACAUCAGCUCAACUACAAACUUCAUGUCUGGUCCGAGGGUUAAAGCUUCUGGAUUAUUAAGCCUAUGGGCUAUGGCUCGCUCACAAUUAGGUUUGUGGAAGGAGAUAUUUGUUAAUACAGUGCAUAUAUUUUAUCAGAUUAACACUCAUGUUGGUUCUUCA